UUCUUUUCUCAGGAAAUGCCAUCAGUUUCUGCUGAAGACAAACACUGGAACAGCCGCAGCGUCGAUGAGAAGCAGUCGAGGAACUCCAUUCUAACUGAAUGGAUUGGUAUGGGGAGAAGCGGACCUCAAAUCACGGCUAAGCGGCAGCUUUGGGACUGUGUAACGAUCACCAUGGUUUUACUUUCGCUGCUGUUUCGACCAGCUCACUGCCAGCAGUGUCGGAUCCAGCGCUGCAAUGCGGAGUACGUGUCAUCUACCUCACCCUCUAGUGGUCUACAGGAGGACGUGUCCCUGGAUGUUGACUACUGCAUUGCCUUGCGGGCUUACGCCCUGUGCACCCGGCGACAGGCACGCAGCUGCAGGGGAGACUUGGUUUACCAUUCAGCCGUCUUCCGUAUUAAGGAGCUUUUCUCUCAGCACAAUUGCUCCAGUGACGGGCCCACUUCCUCCGCCAAGGUCCCCAGCACGUCCCGGCCGGCCGUGUCGGAACUGUGUGACUAUGAGAAUCGGGUCCUCGCGUCAGGCUCAGCCGGUCAGCAGAAGAAAUACGCUCACUGUGGAUUAUUCGGAGACCCGCAUCUACGGACUUUCAGAGACGAGUUUCAGACCUGCAAGGUGGAAGGGGCGUGGCCUCUUAUCGACAACCGCUUCCUGUCUGUGCAGGUGACAAAUGUGCCUGUUGUCCUUGGCUCCAGUGCCACAGCAACCAGCAAGAUAACAGUCAUCUUCAAGUCCUACCACGGCUGUACAGAUCAGAAGGUGUACCAAGCCACUACUGAGGAUUUGCCAUUGGCUUUUCAGGACGGGACUCGCAGAGGCGGCGAGAGCGGCAGCUUGGCCAUCUCAGAGCGAGGCGGCUCUGGAGUGGGCCGCCAGGUGAAGAUUCAGGCCCGCUACAUCGGCACUUCCAUCAUCAUUAGGCGCGUGGGCAGCUACCUGACCUUUGCCAUCCGUAUGCCGGAGGAGAACCUGGACUUUUCAGAGGACAAUGGCGGCCUGCAGCUGUGUCUGCACGGAUGCCCACGUAACGAGCUCAUCAAAGAGCACAGGCUGGGCCGUCAAAGCCAGCAGCCGCGUCUGCAGGGCACCAACACAGAGCUGGGUCCUCUGCGGCCGCCGCACCAGGUCUACACGGUGGAGCGGGCCGCAGCGAAGUGCAGAGAGACUCUGCAGGUGGAGGACGUGUACUUUCAUUCCUGUGUGUUUGACUUGCUGACCACCGGAGACCCCGAGUUCUCCAUGGCAGCCUACGGCGCUCUGGAGGACUUGAAGGCGCUGCCGCCCAGUAAACUGAGGCAGAACCCCAGGACAACUCGUCUUUUUAAUCAAGGAGUGUCACACGUGUCGGCUCACAGCCCUUUGUUCGCACUCUUAUUCCUCAUUCUGCUGCUUUUGUAAAAAAAAAAAAAAAGAAAAAAUAUAAAUGAUUAUUAAAGAGAAACAUGGAGGCAACCAGAACGUGGAAGCAUCACCAGCUUGAGGAAAGAGUGAUUAUAGCUCAGACGUAUAUACUUGGUUUGUUUUUUGGUUGUUUUUUGUUUUGUUUUUAAAUCAUUGAAUGUGUUUGUCAUUUGAAGGAUUCCAUACUCAAAAAAAUUACUUUUGUUCCCUCAUUACUUCUUCUGUGGAUUAAUACACGGAUCGCAACCUUUUUGAAGAAACAGAAAAUGUGUAUAGUCGCGUGGUUUGAGUCAUUAUCACAGGUUUACUGUUAUUCGGUUUACUUUGGUCUCUGAAAAGGUAAAACUCUUACUGACCUCAAGGUGGAUGAACAGAAUUGAGUUGUUUUAAUUGUAAAUAUUUCAUGUUUUUAAUUGAGAAAAUGUACAACAUUCAAAAUCUCCACUAUGUAUGAGGCUCCAUAUAACUUCAUGUAAAGAUGGCUUUUAGGUCCUACAUAAUCAAGUACUAUCAAUAGCACUUUCAGCAAGUUUUGUGCAUUUAAGUGUUGUUUCUUUGUCAGUUACAAGUUAUUUCAGAAAUCGGCAUGCUAAAUACACAGGAUCCAACAACUCUAUGUAAAAACUACCUAUCCAUGAUAACAAGUGUCUGUGUGAUGUUGUCAGCAGUUCUCAUCUUCUGUGAAACACUCCUCUUCAAGCUGUUUAGCUUCCAGUUUUAAAGGUUUAACAAAAAAAAAAAACCUUCACAAAUCUUUAUAUAAUAAUAUAUUAAGAGAGUGUAUAUAUGUGUUUUAUAUUGUGUACAUUUGACUGUGUAUAGUUGUUGUACCUGUAAUAUGUUUUACAUUUGUGUUAGGUUAUUUUGAGACUUUGUAAGAAAAGUAAAUAUGUGUUGUAUCUGUAAUUUUCUGUAUUAAAGUGUUGAAACUUCA